UACAAAGUGGCGAUAGUAGUUUUAUUGUUUGUUGUUGUGGGCUGAGUCAAAUUAUUUGAUGGCUUGCAUAAUUUCGUGUUUCCGUUUCGUGUUAUGCAGAAUCGUAGCAGCUAAUUUAAUUUAAUUGUGGUUUGUUUCAGUUUGAAGGUACAAAAAAAUUGAAUAGUAAUAAUUUUUGUAUAACAAUAAAUUGAAUAGGUAUUAGUUGUUCUUAUUAGUGAUUAGUAAGUGCCCUUCACGAGUAUGAAUAAUCUUGUUUUUUGACCCAGUGGUCCAGUAAACAGUUCCAAUGUCCUUUACCACCAAGAAAUAUGGUUCCUUUGAAGAAUUCCUUCCGAUAACCCUUGACCCAAUUAUUCCGAGAGAAGUAGCAAACAAACAAAUUCCGUGAAAUAAUGCAUAGCAGUGGUAUUUUGAAGCAUUGUCAGAAAUGUGUCAAAAUUAUCAAACGUAAAAUGUGUGAUUGUUCGGAAUUACCAUUUUUUCCGAAAUACGAAACAAUCAAUCUGCAAAGCCAUCCCGAAAUACGGGUCACACAUUUCGAACCAAAAUUUUCUCAAAGCCAUUACAAUUACCAAAAUGUAUCAGUUUCAAGCAACGCUUGCACGUUAAUUGCCAUUUUGAUGGCAUCGUACUGCAGACAUGAAAGAAUUAUCAUUAAUAAACCUGACGAGCCUGUUAACCCGCGAUUAAUCUAUUUGCUUGCAUACAGCAUUUUGGACGGUAAUAAAAUUCACGAAGAGCUGAAAGCGAAAGGUACUUUAGAUAAUUUCAAUUUGACCGUGCCUGAGGCUAUGAAAUAUGCCGGCUACAGAGCCGAAGGGCUCACAGAAUGGAAAAGUAUGAUUUAUAUGGAGUCACUGUUCCAAUCCCUUUAUGGUAACAUUAAGAGCAAUUUGUCCGAAUGGUGCAAAAGCAAUAAAAGUAAAAGUAAUCCAGACUUGUACAUUAUUUUGAUAGCUGAUAACAGGAGUGUGCUCUUUAUUUUGCAAAAGGACACGGUAACUCUAGUGGACUCUCACCAACAUUCGGACAGCAAAGGAGCACUCCUAGCUGUCGGUUUAAGGGAAAAAUUCAACAUAUUGUGUCUAUGGUUCGCUCAUAUUGUAAAUAAAUGUUACAAAUGUGAUCCCGGCUUGUACGAAUUAUCGUUUCUAUAUUUCAAAAGCAAAGAGUACAAACAACGAUAACAAUUACGCACAACUGUAUAAUUUGGUAAUUAUAAAUAUAAAUUUGAAGCAA